UAUGCGGGCACACAUGUGGAGUUCGGCGUGUAUUAUUGGAUUCAGAGUCCUGAGUCGAGUCGGCGUGUCAUCACAGUUGACGAAACUACACCCACUUGUGUCCGCAGCCCACAGCUCGUCUUUUUUCAGUUCAUGUACCUCUGUGCUCGUCAGGGGUUUAAUGUCAAAACGAUCAGACAGCAGGAAAAUGUCUGAGCCCAUGGCGCAGCGGAUGGUCUGGGUGGAUUUGGAGAUGACAGGGCUGGACAUUGAGAAGGAUGAGAUUAUUGAGAUGGCCUGCAUCAUCACAGAUUCUGAUCUGAACAUCAUCGCAGAGGGGCCAAAUCUGAUAAUCAAUCAACCAGACGAGCUGCUUGACAGCAUGUCAGACUGGUGCAAAGAGCAUCAUGGAGAGUCAGGGUUGACUAAGGCUGUGCGGGACAGUACCAUCACCCUGCAGCAGGCAGAGUAUGAGUUCCUGUCUUUUAUCAGACAGCACAUGCCACCAGGACAGUGUCCUCUUGCAGGAAACUCCGUUCACGCUGAUAAGAAGUUUCUGGAUAAGUACAUGCCACAGUUCAUGCGCCACCUGCACUAUCGCAUCAUAGACGUGAGCACCAUUAAAGAGCUGUGCAGACGAUGGUUUCCAGAAGAGUACAAGCUCGCGCCACAGAAAAAAGCAUCACACAGAGCACUGGAAGACAUCCAGGAGAGCAUAAAAGAACUGAAGUUUUACAGAGCAAAUGUUUUCAAACCUCAAGUAGAUGAGAAGAAACGAAAAAUAGUUGAAAACGGUGAUAAGAAAACUGUGAGCUAAACAAGAGAAGCUGAACUGGAGUGGUUUUAAGAUCUGAUGUGGAAUUCUAAUGUCUGGUUGAAACUUACAUGGUAACUUGAGAGAGCAAAGUUCCAUGUUGAUGACCACCCUGUUCAUUUUCUGUUUUAUUUGUCAUCUUUGAGAGUAGUUUAGUUUAGAAAUAAAAAAAUCUAAAAGGUUCCAAGUUAUGCAAAUAUGUCAUUGUUUUGAAGUUACUUUGAUGCUUUUAGUUCCACUCUAGGAAUCUAAUUUGUUGCUUGAUUUUUGGGUCAUGUUGGUGUGCUGUUAAGAAUCAAAAGUGUGUAUGUAAUAGGUGUUUCUGUCAGAUUAACAUCACACCUUUUUUUUUUUAUUUUUUUUUAAUAAAAACAUUUG